AUGGAUGAUUCGAAAGAUCAAGAUAAUAUAUUACCAGGUCUGUCAAGGCAAGAAGAACUUGGUAAAGGUUAUGUUACAGAUUCAGAUGGUAAUGAAUCAGCAUUUGAACAUGGAAUUGAAGAUUUGUAA